GUGGGCAGGCGGGGGAUAUCGAUAAAAGGGGGGGAGGGGGGUUCGUCGCGGCGCCGUCUGCUGAGGGAGGGCUUGGUGUGUCAGUCGGGCGGUCAGUCAGGCCUCCAAGGUAACACGGCGUGCCGGGUCUCACUUAUGAGCGCUACACCGCUGCUCUAUGUUCGGAAGAUGGUCUGCACUCCUCACCCGUCGUCGACUACUAGGUAUAAUAUCAGUGAUGGGGAUUGGGGGCCGUCUCUCGUGUGCAAGCCAGAGCUGCCUGUGGCGCCUUCACGGCUACUACAAGCUGGGAUUAGCUGCACGAGUGCUUGCAUCUAUUGGCAGUGCUCCGAGAGCCCCUCAUCACGGAAGUCUAGAGGUCGCGGGAACUUGCUUCAGUUGCGAGACUCCUAUCAUCAACUGCAAUCCACGAGCGACCCGGGGAGACACGGAUGCUAGGCUAUGUGGGCAGAAAUUAGCAUGGGACUCAGUUUAUAGAUCAGGGACACUGCGGUUCACGGCUCGACAUCUCAACGGUAGAAAUAAGGCAGAAGGAGUGGACGGGGAGUGGUUAUCAGUCCUGUCCUGCAAUAAGCACUGUUGGGUAGCGCCCCGGGGUUAUCUAUCACGAGACCUCAGGUCGUCCGCACACUUGGCCUCUAUGCCGUCAGUCGGCUGAGCAUUAGUAUAUAAAGAAGCUGGCCGUCGUAUUAUGCGCCGCUGAUCCGGAAGCGAAGCCCUAAUAUCGACACGAUGCUC